AUGACCCUAAGGGCCAGCUCUCAUGGAGAGCUUCAGGCUCUGACUUCACUGAGGACCCCUGCUUCAGACAGUGGUACUUUUAAGUUUCUUUCUCACAGCAGCAACAACAUGAGCGGCCGAUUCGAGAGCAUCGAGGAGAUUAAAGGAGUUUCGAAACCCACGCACCCUCCUCGAAGACCUGUACGUGCGGUCCGACCCGUGAGUGCUCUGAGUGCCAGCGGCUCCUUCCUGCAGAUCAACCACCUGCAGGGAGAACUAGUGAGGAAGAGGAAGGAAUGUGAAGACCUAAAAAAGGAAAACAAGUAUCUGUCUAACGAAAUUCACAUGGAAAGGAUCAUGAUGAGGACUGAGAGUGAGCAUACCAUGAGAAACCUGCGCAAUCUCAACCAGGAACUCCAGGCCCAAAUUAAAGAGUUGAAACAGAAGCUUCAUGUCAGCCAGCAGAGGGCGACACUGUGUUCCAGGGCAGCUGAGGAUGCUGAUAGAGGACGAGCAGAGGCGGACAAGAGCAGGGCACUGGCGGAGGCCAGGGCUCUGGACAGCAGGCAAGAAAAAGAUCUCGCAGUAGCUGACAAAACACGACUCAGCGAAGAACUACAUCUGCUGAAAAAAGAGCACAAUGAUGUCCAGCUACUUUUAGCUCAAGCCGAAAAGAAUUACUUUGAGACCAAGCUUAAACUAGACAGGGUGUCAGGAGAAAAGCAGGCUCUCCUGGAGGAGAACAGAAUACUGGAGGAUAAGAGGAACACGUUACGACACAAACUGCAGGAGCUAACUGAGGAGAAUGUGAAGAUAAUGGAAAAGGAGGUGAACUCCAGACGCAGAGCUCAGGUUGCUGAAGAGCAGAGAGAAAGGGCCGAUAAAGCCCAGCGGGAAGCUGAGCAGGAAAGGCAUUUAGCUGAGCGGGAGAGGGAAGAUCGCACCAGGGAGUGUCUCAGCUGGAGAGAGAAGCACCAGGCUCUGGCAGAAGUCAUCAGAGCCCAGGAAGAACUUAAGUCUCUCAGGCAGACCAAAGCAUGUCAAGCUAAUAUUAAGAGCUACUUCCUGUGUAUGACUGAAAGCGACCAGAGGGUUAAGAUACUAAAAAAUCGAGAUGGCACACCAAGGAAUUUCACGGAAGGAGACCCUGUGUACAUCUCCACACCUGACCUCAACGGUGAGGAUUCAGAGAAGAGUUCAGGGAGGACGAUAUUUAGGGUGGCUGCACCUCGAGUUGGACCGAACACCAGCCCAGCACACUUCAGCGAGCUGUCACCAAUGGCAGAUACCCAUGAUUCUGGAUUUUCAAGGAGAAACAGGAAAGUGGAAUAUUUCAGGAUCCCCACUGAUGAGGAAUAA